CGCCGUCGACCGGUGUCUAGAAUCGUUCUCUUCCUUGUGCACUAGCUUACUUUAUUUAUUUUUUUUUUCUCGCGCUUAUCAAAUAAUAGUUUUAAGUAUUUAUCAAAAAAAAAAAAGUAAUAUAUAUACAUAAUAAUAUAAAAAUUGUUGAUAAUAUAUUUUUUAUUUAUUUAUUAUUUAAAGGACAGUAAUUAUUUAUGUAAAAAAUUUAUUUAUUUUUAAUUAUCCUGGCAUAGUAUGGAUAGGACGGAUACGAUAGUGAUUUCUUUGCAUUAGAGAGUGAACAAGUGUGUCAGUGGGUUUACCGAAGACUUUAAUUAACUCAUAAAAUGUUAUAAAUAAAUAUAAUAUUGAGUAUAAAUAUAAAUAUAUUAAUUGUGUCAAAGGUUUAUCGAAAAAUUAUACUCGCUGAGAUUCACCAUUUACUUUUAUUUGUUGUCCUCGACGGUUGCUAAGGCAUAACAAAACAUUUUACUAGUCAUCAUACGUGCAAUUGUCAUAUAAUAUAUAUUUAUUAUUUUUUUUAUUACACCAUAUUUAUAUUAAUAACUUGUUUUAUAAAUCGAAGGAUAAAAUAUAUAUGCAUUUAUAUUUAAAAAUAAUAAGAACUGAUUAAUUGAUAUAAACAAGAAUUGUUAUUAAGUUCACUGUCACGCUUCAAUUCUUCUUGGAACAUGAUAACGUUGCGUAAUGUUUUUCUCUUAGUUUGUGCAUUUAACCGAAGAGACCAUCUAUUAAACUACUGAUAAUAUAAUAAUGUUUAACAAGCAUUAAAACUCCACCCAAUACAGUAUUAAAAAUAAAUUUUUUACAUAUGACAAUGUAAUAAAAUUUAAAAAAAUAUAUAUAAAUCUACUAAAAUUAAUUUAAAUUAAAGUUAUAAAUAAUAAAAGAUAAAUAAAAAAAUAGUAAAAUGUUGCCACCAUUUUUGACAAAUAUAAAUGGUGGUGUUUUGACAUUUUAUGCGAGCCCAACGCAUGAGAGAAAUGCACCAAGUCCAGCAACACGAGGUCGAUAUGCUGAAAUAUCUAUCAGAAGGAGUGACGUCUUCCUGGAACCGUAUCUCCAGCAGCAUGGAACUGUUAGUGAAGUUGAUGGUUCACCGGACACACCUCCCCCGAACCCACUCAUGCAGCAUCAGCUUGCUCACUUACAUCAUGUCCAGAGCUCGGAAUCGCUUUCGUCAGAAGGAGAAUCCUCAGCUCAUGGUACAUCGGCUGCAGAAUCUUCAGCAUCACAUUCUGAUUCGGGGAGUGAAGUUGCUUGCGACAUUACCCUUAUAGAACGACUCAUACGUUCCCAUCCGAUAUGGUUCCUUCCGGGUAUACAAAGAGCCGGCGCCUUUCAUCUCUUGCAAGGCAAAGAAGAAGGGAAUUUUGUGGUACGACAGUCGAGUCAAAGUGAUACAAUGGCAUUGUCAGUGAGAUUGCCCGCAGGAAAAGGGCCGUACAUUGAGCACUAUCUAAUUCAAGCAAAUAAGGGUAAACUGAGCUUAGAAACUAGUGACAAUCGAUUUGACAACAUUCCCUCACUUAUUGCUCACUAUUCUCAGUGUUGCAGCGACGAAUUACCUGUCCAAUUGACGUUACCACGAGCAAUGCGUGAGGCUAAAAAUCGACAGCAGCUUUCCUCACUUGCUCUUUUGGGUCAGGAAUUUUGGAGAUACCCAAUGGCAAAUCCAAAACCACCAGAAAGUGGUGGCAGUAGUAGUAAUGCAUCAAGCUUAGGUAGUUUUAAUACUGGAAAUGAUCCAAUAGCACACGAUGACAAUAAUAUAAUAUCAUCUAGAGACAAGAGUAUAAUACUAAAUUUAAUUCCGAUCACAUCACAAGAUUCAUCUCACUCAAUAAAAUCCGUAACUACUAGUACAUUCGUUACAUCACAACAGCCAAGACUGCCACGACCUACUCCGCCAAAUACUCUCAAUUUAAAAAGAUUUAACGAACCUCUUGAUGAAAAGAACGAGCGGAUUGAAGAUAGUAUCUUGCCAUGUGAAAAACCCAGUCAAAAAUUAAUCUCACCAAAUCUCGUUCAAAGUAUUCGUUGUCGUUCACCUGUUGUUCAUAAUGUCGAGAGUAAUGUACUUAUACCCACCGAAUCUAAACUAAAUAAUGAGUCACAAAAUUUAAUUAAAAAUAUAAAUAGUAAUUCCCCAAAUUUAACAAAUGCUAAUUCACCAAACAGUCAGUCAGGAGAUAUUACACGAAAUAUUAUAUUUGAAAGUCAAGAAAGUGCUGGUGUUAUACAAAUAAAUAAUAUUAAAACACCGCCUACACCACCGCCACGUUGGGCUAAACCAGGAGCAAGUCAAUGUCAAAAUAGCAACGUCACUGUUACAACUACAACUACUGUUAUUUCAUUGAAUGUUAAUCAAAUUGGUAAUGGUACUGGUGAUUCAUUUCAACAAGUUGUCACAUCAUCAGAUAAAAGCGUGACAAUGUUGAGCCCACAAAGUAUAACAUCAAAUAAAUCAUUUUCAUCAAAUUUUACAAGCAGAUCUACUUUAUCGCCCAGUACACCAACAUUACUAUCACCUUCAUCAAAACUAGUCUCAAAUGGAAGGAAAACGCCGAAUCUCUUGUCACCAACGACCCCAUCAAGCACAAAUAAAUCACGUCGACGUCGUGAUCGUGAAGCGAGAAAAAAUUCUCAACAUUACCAAGAAUCAGAUAUACUCGAAUCUUACUGCCGUAGUUCGCCAGCUGACAAAAUUUCCGACUACGAAGACAUUUGGAAUACAACUGACAGAUCUAAUUCUAGUUGGUCGCCACAUGAUCGUAGUGAAAAUACUCUCAGUCCAAGUCAGCCGAGUGAAAAUUUAAUAAAAGAUCCAUUUGCUGGUACUGAUCGUGUAAUGCUGUUGCGCAAUGACAGAUCAUCACGAUCACGGGAAAAAUUAAGUUACAUGGAAAUAGCAAGUCCGGAAUUCAGUAGCUUUAAACCAAUCGCCGAGUCUUGCUCAAAGAGUCCAAGAGGUUCAACUUCGCCUGAAGAUAUUGGUGGAAUACCAAAACGUCCAGAUCUACUGUCGAGAGUUUGUAGCGCAAAUUCUUUAAAUAGUCCAAACGUCACUGCCAUAACUCCCGUUAAAAAUAAACUAGCUUUGAUGUUCACUAAGUCUGAGAGUAAUAGCCCAAUGACUCCUGAAUCUAAACAGAGCAGUCCAUUUUAUGCUGAACCUGCUGACGCUAUACAACAAAUUCAACCACUUGUACCUCGGAGAAAAAAUCGUAAUAACAGUGGAAUAACGAGUAAAUAUCGUCACAGUGAACCUGGUUGGUUUCAAAUGCCGGGUGGUAAUAAUCCUCAUCAAAUGCAUCCUAUUGAUUGGACUGAGUCUGAAGAAAUAGAAGAUAAAAUACCACUUAUAUCGUCUUCCGUAGAUAAUCUUACUUCAAAUCGUCUUGGUGGUAAAGAAAAUAAAAAAAUAUAUCCACGUGCUAAACCAGUUCAGCCACCAAAAGUUAAACCUAAAAUAUCAAAUGAUACUUCCUGGACAGUCGACUCAAGCUGGGAAUUUAUUGGAAAUGAAGGAGAUGAUACAGGCGGUAGUGAAGCUGAGCGCAGAGGAGGAGAGAAUGAAAAUGAAGAUGACAAGAAGGAUAAAUAUAGUAGUGAAAGUGACCGUAGUCAGGGUAAACACAAAAGCCCAAAGCUAAAUGGUAAUGGUAACAGACACGGAAGUGAUAAUAAGAGUGAUGUUAUUAAGACGGAAAAUGAAACUGACUUUGAGGAUAGUCCUGAAUUUAUGAGUGAUAUUUUAUUACGACAAUUUCCACGUGAUAGCUAUAACAAAGAUGAUGGAACUAAUUCUCUUACGGUUCAGAGUAUCAUUUUUCAACGGUACCCAGAGUUAAUAAAAACAACAAAUGCAACAGAUACAUUACAAAGUAAUUAUAAUAAUUCGACGCUUAGUAAUAUUGAAAAAAGAAAAAUCCGAGAAACAACACCGUCAGAUUGGGAAGCUGAUCGUACGUAUGAACCAUCCGAAUGGGAAACUAAUGUUGAUACAGAUGACAGUGAUCAUGAGAGACUAAAACGAAAAGCUAGUUUCAAAGAACGAUUGGAUCCUCUUCUGUCUCCCCCACGACUUCAAGCCUUGAAAAAUCGUGAUGCCAGUGGAACUGGAUCAAGUAUAAGGGCUUACGCAUUACUAUUAGCGGCUGAUAAAACGACUGUAUUUUCACAAAAUAUUGAUAAUUUCAUUCAAUGUACAAUGGAAGGUAAAGAAGCGAGUCCUCAUGUUGUAAUGAGAAAUAUUCGACAAUUUAUGUCGGGAAUGAAAAAUUAUUUAGUCAAACACGGCGAGCGUGAAUUUGAAAAAGAAGUUGAAAAAGAACGUCUUAAAUUAAAAGCCAAUGAGUUUCUUAAUUUAGAUGCAAUACUUGAGGGCGUAAUGAUGAGGCUUGUUGUCCGUCCAUUACGUGAACAUGUAUACAAACUAUUUGUUGAACAUUACGGUGCAACUGGGUCACUUAAUACCCUUGCUGACAGUAUUCAAUAUGCUCAUGGUAAACAUAUACAAGAAUUAGGCGUACGAGCGACUAUAAUACCGCCGUCAGAUAAUAAUUUGAACCUGAUAUUAAAAUACAUUGAACGUUUGCAAAAAUCAGAUUCACCAUUGGACAAAUUGGAGAAUUUAUUGUCUGCCAUAUCGACUAUUUUUAAUUCUGUUAAACAUUCUAAUUGCGAUAAACACGUAACUCUGGGCGCUGAUGAUUUAUUGCCGCUACUUGUGUGGGUUCUGGUACGUGGUAAAGUGGUCGAUGCUGAAAUAGAAGCUGAAUUUAUGUGGGGUCUACUUCAUCCGUCUCUUCUUACUGGCGAGGGUGGAUAUUAUUUAACUACGCUAUCAAGUGCCGUUCAUGUAUUAAAAACAUUCAAGACUAGUCAAGGAACUAUGUCAACUACAAAUGGUUGUGGAACUCCUGAAUGUUGUUCUUCAGUACUUCGGGUACUUGUACCAGACGAAAUUCAUGGAUCGUUAAAUACUAGAACACUACCCGUCAGACCAAACAUGAACACCCGUGAGAUUUGCCGUAUACUUGCGCAUAAAACACGAUGCACAAAUCCACAAGACUAUGGUUUAUAUAAACUAGUACAAGGCGAAGAAACAUUAUUGGGAGAUCACGAGUGCCCUCAAGAGCUAUCACACUGCCUUUUUGCUUUUAAAAGAAUUGACGCUAAAAUAGCUUGGCCAAAAACGACAUCUUAAAUAAUUGAAUAAAUAAAACAUGAGUGGUAUUUAAUACCAAGUGCUCAAAUGCAUAUUUUUAAAAGUAAAAAAAACUAAAAUAA